UCUUGGAUAUAAAAAGAUCCUAAGAGAAUCAAUGAAUUUAUAACAAGGUUCCAUCUAUUUGUUUGAAAGAGAUUAUCCUACAGCUAUAUAUCAUAUUUGAACCAAAGAUUCACGAUAGGGGCCAAUUGAAUAUGGUGAUCUUUUCUAUCGUGUUGCUUUUCUGAACUUGAUACUGAUGGGUUUGGAAUUUUAGCCACCCAAAAAUGAUACAACCACAGAGCAACCUUGCCAUUCUAAAGCUGUAUGUUACACCAUUCGACUUUACUUUUUCUAGAUAUUCAAAAGCUGACAAUAUUUGAAUGAAGUGUGCUAUUCAAGGUCAGCUAGCAUCUUUCGCUCAAGAUUGACUGGGAACUUUGACUGAUGUUUACACUACAGAGUGUCUGGCAAAGAACAGUUACAAUGAAGAAAAGUGUAGAUCACAGGUUGAUGCUCUAUAUGAUUGCUGUAAUGCAUUUUAUGCGGAGAAUGGUGAUGAUGCAAAGACUGUCUCUUGUCCCAAGGCAAAUCUAUUGAGAUUGAAGAUGAAACAGAGAUCGGGAGGGAAGCAGUCAUAAGGGAGGCCAUGAAAGGCAGUCAUGAUGAUAGACUCAGCCGUUCGCAAUGGCCAUGAAGGCUGAAGGAUGAGGGCUCUUCACAUCCACCCAUUUGUACUAGAACUUCCAUAGCAUGCAUGAUACCACGAAUGUAACAUCACUCUUGCCAGUCAUUUCACCG